UUAACUUUGCAAAUCGAUUGAUCGGUGGUCUCAUACCAUGAGGGUUUUUUUAAUUACUACUCUGGCCCUUUUGGUCACAUUGGCCAAUGCCAAGGAACCCGAAACCACUGCCGAGGUCCUUCAAAAUAUUUACUACCGAUGCGUGGACAGCGACUCGAUAUUAUCCUGCGCGAAGCCAAAGGUCCUUGCAUAUUUAAGUAGAAUGAUGAAGGAGGACAAAGUCGCAAUCACUGAAGACUUAUCAAUUGUGCGAUCAAUGCCAGAUUUGGAAAAUAGUUUCGAAGAAUAUUACACUUCUCAGGAUGCAAUUGAUCCUACCAGAAAAGAUCUUCUUCGAUCAUUGAUGCUGGAAAAAUUGGACGCUUAUCUCGCCAGUCAUCGAAUUGAAGCUAAAUUACCCGAAGCUAUUGUCGGCUCAAAUAUCGUUCCCAGAACUCUCAUUGAUUCAGUUCCAAGGGAAGUCAGCGUUCCUCUCUGUGAUCAGGACAAAAAUCAAGGUCGAGGUUUCGUCAAGAAGGUCAUGAUUCCAUUCCUUCUAGGUCUCAAGUUCAAGGCCACUGCAUUGGUACCAUUGGCACUGGCGUUGAUCGCAUUGAAAACGUGGAAAGCUCUGACACUUGGCUUAUUGUCACUAGUUUUAAGUGGUGCUCUACUUAUUUUUAAAUUAACGAAACCAAAAGUUGCCUAUGAGGUCGUACACUACGGUCAUCCACCUGUUGAACAUCCACCCCAUUGGGACACAUCGCCACAAGGACCUUAUAGAGCCUAUCGAAAAUAGUCUAGUUUCUAGUAUUUAUUAUUAAUAAUAAUAUUAUUUUAUUUAUUCGUCAAAUAUUAUUUUUGAUACUUUUAUUAUUUAUGUGUACAAAAAUAAAGUCUCGACAUUAUUUCCUAAGGAAA